AGCAAGCUGCACAUUCCAAAACAACAUAUAUUACCAAAACACCCGUGCGGUUCCCCUAUUUCCUUCCCGCCUUUGCUUCCUCCUAGUUGACACCUUCCAGAAUCGAAAAGCGAGAAACACCAAAAUACACACACACAGAAUCGCCGAUUAACUGAUAGAAGUGCAGGAACUAAUGUGCGGAAGAGCUCGGUGUACUCUCAGGGCCGAUGAUUUUCCCCGGGCUUGUCAACUCGACGGCCGCCGCGUCCGUCACGUUGACAUGAACCGGUAUCGGCCGUCGUAUAAUGUGUCGCCGGGGUUCAAUGUACCAGUGGUAAGGAGAGAAGACGAGUCCAACGACGAAGGCGUUGUUCUUCAUUGCAUGAAAUGGGGUCUCGUUCCUAGCUUCACUAAGAAAACCGAAAAGUCUGACCAUUACAGGAUGUUUAAUGCUCGGUCUGAAUCAAUAAAGGAGAAGGCUUCAUUUCGCCGCCUUGUCCCAAAGAAUAGGUGCCUGGUGGCAGUUGAGGGAUUUUAUGAGUGGAAAAAGGAUGGAUCAAAAAAGCAACCUUAUUACAUACAUUUUAAGGAUGCUCGGCCCCUGGUGUUUGCUGCCCUUUUUGACUCUUGGAAGAAUCCUGAAGGAGAGGUUCUUUAUACAUUCACUAUAUUGACAACUUCGGUGUCUUCAUCUUUAGAAUGGCUCCAUGACAGGAUGCCUGUCAUUCUCGGAAACAAGGAUGCGGCUGAUAUGUGGUUAAGUGGUUCUCCGUCAUCCAACAUUGACAUGCUAUUGAAACCAUAUGAAGAGUCAGAUUUGUCUUGGUACCCCGUGACACCUGCAAUGGGUAAGACUUCUUUUGAUGGACCGGAGUGCAUCAAAGAGUUGCAACUCAAGGCUACUGAGACCAGAUCAAUAUCACAAUUUUUCUCAAAGAAAGGAGAAAAAGACCUAAAGGAGCAGAAGCCUCAUAUCAAAGCAGAGGAAGAGUCCUUGAAUACUGAUCAGACAGAGAGCUUGAAGCAGGAACCUGAAUCAGACCAUGUAGGCGAUCAGCGUUCCCCAGGCAAACCGGAGGUUUUUGCUUCUGCUGGGACCACAGACAUAAAAGUUGAGCAAGACUUUGAUGAGUCAGGUAGCAAACAGUCAUUGACUGGUCAAACCGGAAAUCCACCUGGAAAAGUAGGUAGUGUUGCCAGUGAUAAGGUGAAAAGCUUGAAAGAGGAGUCUGAGGAUAUUAAAACCCAGGAGGGAAGUGGGGAUUCUGGAACCAAGAGAGACUAUGAAGAGCUCUCAGGUAAUGCAAGGCCUCUUGCUAAGGGGGCUAACAAGCAUGUAAGCCCAUCACAAAAAAAAGCUAAAGGGGCUGGUGACAAACAGCCGACUCUAUUUUCUUUCUUUGGGAAAGGCUAGUCGCAUGACAUACAAUGCUUAGGAAUGUACUGUAUAUAGUGAAGUUGGUAUUUCUGUUGCUAAACAAACAAAUGUUGGUAGCUCAUGAUUUUGUUUGAGGAUCAACACACAUCCUUAGCUUCUACGCUUGUUUUGCAGAUUUGUGUUGGUAUAAUUUUCUUACUUAGACUCAGCUUCAGACAGUUGUGAAGUGAUGGAAAUGUUGUUUAGUGUA